CUUCCCAGGGUAGGUUGCUCUGCACCUUUCAGAUGCUCAAUUGAUGGGCGUAGAGCGGCUACAUUUACGCUUUUUAUUAAAACUAAACAAAACCACGUUGUGUCUAGUUUGCAGAGCUUACUUGCUGCAGUUGCACCCCCACGAAGCUCGUCAUUUUUUUUUCUUCGCGACACGCCGUGGCCAGCGGAUUUGGACGACGCUAUCCGCUUCAUGACAUUUUUACCGAGAAAAGACGCUGCACGUCUACAGUAGCUCUAAAUCCUUUUAACCACUUUCCAGCACUGAUGUACUUCUUUUGUUGCCAUCUCGAGGCACAACGCGGUUGCCUUUACAAUCAUGGGUGAAAUGCACCUGCCGCGGAUCGGAGUCUUUGGAGCACAAUGCAAUCUUCACCGUGGAUUUUAAAUCGGAUAACCCGAACUGAAUGUUUUGCUUGAAACGAGAUGGCACAUGCCCAGUUAAUGUGGUGCAUGUGUGAAGUGUUGUGCUUGGAGCCGGGCACGGUGACAGCUGAGUGCCCCUCCUCUCACGGGACUUGAAUAAAAAGGCGCUCCCUUGCUCCGGUCUCACUUUCACAAGCUUUCCCACACUCAAGAUGGAGCUGUGACAUGUUGACACCUCUCCUCAUCUGGUUACUUUCUCCGCUUACUCCAACGUGGGACAUCCGCUCUGCAAGUGUAUGGCACCAAACCGUGCUCCGCUCCGCGACAUUUCCACACAGAUGAUCCUGCGAUAUUCAGUGAAGGACUGAGCCACCGGGAGGAUUUGUGUAGAUUAUCGCCAGACUGCUAUUUUGUUCCCAGGCUCACACUCCUAAGCGAAUUUAGCGGCUUUGAACCAGCUGCCUUUUCCCCGCUGGCCCACGCCAGGUCGUGAGGCUUUAUAACAAGAAAGCCACAUAUGUGGUUUCAGCCCUUAGCGGUCUCAUAUAGCGCUCUCGCCGCGGGGGGGAAUGAGACCACUACCCACGCUAUUGUUCCCACGAUGAAGGCAAUAAUGGCUCGAGGAGUGUAAAACCACCUUGGACAUCGCGCCCGAGCUCAUCCACACUCUUCUCCGGAUCCGCUGUGACUCUCUCUCGGGCCGCUACCCGGAGGAUGUUGGACUCAGGAUGCUGCGCAUCCCCGUGAAGAAGAUACGGAAGCAGUUUAAGCUGCUGCUGCUACUGGUGCUGCUCACCUCCGCCGUGUGGUUCACCUACCUGCACAUACACCAGGGCAAGACAAUUAAACUCCACUUUAACUACGGAAAAGAUGGGGAGAGACAGACCGAGGGCUCGGACACCAGCCGCAAGAGGGACACUCGCUCUUCAACUAGCCACCACAAGAGUGAGGACACCAGCGACAGUAGGGAGGAUGAAGCGGCGGAUGACGAGCCGAUUACAGGAGUUUCCAACGGCAGAGGCCACUCCCACAUCCGCAAGUUUCUUUCUGAGCAGCAUAAGAAAUUGCCAUGGAAACCAGAGUAUAAGGGCCAAGCCAACCUCCAUGUGUUUGAGGACUGGUGUGGUUCCUCUGUAGCCCAACUCAGAAAGAACCUGCACUUCCCUCUCUACCCUCAUACAAGAACGACUUUGAAGAAGCUGGCCGUGGCUCCCAAGUGGAAGAAUUACGGACUGAGAAUCUUUGGAUUUCUUCACCCUUAUCGUGAUGGGGAUUUCCAGUUUUCAGUCUCAUCUGAUGAUAAUUCAGAGUUCUGGCUGAGUCCUGAUGAAAGUCCUCUCAACUCCAGGCUGCUGGUCUUCGUUGGACAGUUGGGUACAGAGUGGACCGCUCCAGGCGAGUUCAACAAAUUCAGGUCUCAGUCCUCAAAGUCUGUGCACCUGAUGUCAUCUAGACGCUACUACUUUGAGAUUCUUCACAAGCAGGAUGACAAGGGCUCGGAUCACGUGGAGGUUGGGUGGCGUCCAUUCCUCCCUGGUCUGAAAUAUGAAGUGAUAGACUCGGCCUUCAUCUCAUUAUAUGCAGACGAGUCCAGCCUCAAGAUGAACAGCAUAGACCACAUCCCCCAGACCUUUGCCAGUCAUGUUCGCCUCCCGGAGGACUCUCUGCCCCAAAAGAUGGAAGAAGGUGUCACCCCGCAGCAUGGAGCAGAUAUGUUGAAGCCAGACCCGAGGGAUACCUUCUAUAGCACUCCCCUGAUCGAGCCCUCCCGUCUGGAAAAUGUUCUGCCUGCUUGUCUUUACUCUCCCACCUAUGUCGUCAAAGAUUUCCCCAUUGCCAGAUACCAGGGCCUGCAAUUUGUUUAUCUGUCAUUCGUUUACCCAAAUGAUUUCACCCGUCUCACACACAUGGAGCGAGAGAACAAGUGUUUCUACAGAGAGUCCCCCAUCUACUUAGAGAAGUUCGGCUUCUACAAGUACAUGAAGAUGGAUGAGGAGGAAGAUGACAGGCCAUUCUUCUUUCCCAACCCAGAUGACUUCCUAGAGGAAGAUGGAAUGGUGGAUGUGGAAGACGAGGCAGAAAUUGUUGGCACACAGUCACCCAAGAAGCCUCUUCACCACAGUCAGACAAGCCACGCCUCCAAGCCCUCAUAUCAUCACCCUCAAUUUAGACCUACAGGUAAAGAAGUAGAGGAUGAAGGGGCGGAUCCUGAUGAGAAGGAAAAAGGUGCAAUCAAUAAUAUUGUAAACCGCCGAGAAAGGAGACCCUUUGGCAACAGAGAUGAGGAGAUGGAAAGGGACAGAAACUGGAGAGGAGCUCAAACAAAAGCGAACAGGAGUCAUGAUACUCGAGAGGCGCUGUCAGAACUCCAAUCCAGGAUGUAUCACUCUGACACAGAUAGCGUCAUCGCUGGCCGCUCGCUGUCGUGGAGCCAUAACAGUCCUGCAAGGCUCAGCCCAGCUAGUAAAGGAGGAGGAGAGGACAUUGAGGGUCCACCUAAAUUGACUAGAUCGCUCCUUUUUCCCAAAAAGUCCUCUGUCCCUGGUCUUGCUAGUCGUGCCAAACAAAUCCUGAGCAACUCUGCCCACACCAGCAAUGUCCAUGACAGUAACAAUAAAAUCGCUGGAAGCAAGAAAGAGAAGACGGAGGAAAACAAGAUCUACAUCACCAGGCCUCGGCCCAAUAGGGAGCGAGAGAAGGAGAGGGAGCGGCGUCGAGAAAGGAUGGAAGAGAGGGCAUCUCGCCACCCACGUGAGGUAUUCCCUGGGGUCUUUCUUUACCAAACUGGGAAGACCACAAGACUGGUCAAAUUUGGUGACAAAGGGCAUGUUGUGGGGGUUAAAAGCGGAGGAAGGAGUCCAGUUAGCUCCCCUCAGCUGUGGCCCAAUCCACUCACAAAAGGGGGUAAGGCAUCUCCUCACAAUCAAAGCAUCAACAUUCCAAAUGGAAGUGUUCAAAAGUCUGCCAACAGGGCAACGGCUCGAACACAGCCAGAUGAGAGACUUAGCAAAGGGCACAACCUCGCUUCAAAGAUAAGUGCCACCACCGGCCUUCCCAACAAACAACACUCACUCACCCCACGGUCUCAUCACCAAGACCCCACCCAGCAUUCUCCUCACUGGCUCAACUCCACUGAAAACCUCCACGGUCAAUUGCGAGUCACCUCUUACCUCAGGACCACCGAGAUCACAGAGUCGCAACCGGACCCCAACCUGGCGGAGCUGGAGCAGGACACAAACCGCUCUAAUCCUGACCCGGAACCAGAACUGGAAGAGGGCGAGAUGUCAGACUACAGCUACGAGGAGGUUGAGGUGCGGCCAGGUUGGGCAGAGGAGAGCAUCAACUGGCAGAGGACCUUCUCGGUGAACCCAAUGGACUUUGAACUUCUGCGCUCUGACUGGAAUGACCUCCGCUGCAAUGUGUCCGGUAACCUCCAGCUGGCAGAGAGCGAGGUGGUGGAUGUGCUGGCUCAGUACAUGGAGAAGCUCAACGAACGGAACGGCGGGAUUUAUACCCUGCUGCGAAUCAUCAAUGUUGAGAAGCGGCGAGACUCUGCCCGAGGGAAUCGCUACCUUGUAGAACUGGAGCUGAUGGAGAGGGGCCGCAGUGUGGUGCGACUGUCCGAAUACAUCUAUCUGCUGCUCCACCGAGGCAGGCAAGUCGAGGAAAGCUUUGAGAACACCGAGAGCGCUCCGGCCUCUUCCCCGGCCUCGGGCCCCUCCGCUGCCACAUCCAACUUCAGCACUGCUCCACACUUGCCCCCCACCAAGUCUCCCUCGCGGCCUGGAGCCACAGCUUGGAGCACAGCCUUUGCAAAACCUCUGCUCUGCCAGCCAGUCAUGCUGCAGUGGAGGAAAGAUGUGAUGGUGCACUUUGUGGUACCAGUGAAAAACCAAGCUCGCUGGGUCCAACAGUUCAUUUCUGACAUGGAAAAUCUUCAUCAUCAAACCAAUGAUGACAACUUCAGCAUUAUCAUUGUUGACUUUGAGAGUGUCGACAUGGAUGUGGAGCAGGCGCUGAGAGACAGCAGUGUUCCAAGAUACGAGUAUCUAAGGAGAGAAGGGAACUUUGAGCGCUCAGCAGGACUACAGAUUGGAGUGGAUACCAUUGAGGAUAGCCACAGCAUUGUGUUCCUAUGCGACCUCCACAUUCAUUUCCCCCUAAACAUCUUAGAGAGCAUCAGGAAGCACUGUGUUGAAGGACGCCUGGCUUUCGCUCCCAUUGUUAUGAGACUUGGCUGCGGGAGUUCGCCACAGGAGCCUGACGGAUAUUGGGAGGUAAAUGGCUUUGGUCUUUUCGGGAUCUACAAGUCUGAUUUUGAUAAAAUUGGCGGGAUGAACACAGAGGAAUUCAAAGACCGCUGGGGGGGAGAAGAUUGGGAGCUUCUGGACAGGGUGCUGCAGAAUGGUUUGGAAGUAGAGAGACUUCGCUUAAGAAACUUCUUUCACUACUACCACUCCAAACGUGGAAUGUGGAAUGCCCAAAACAAGAAAACUGCAAAGGGAUAGUGCCGCACCUGAAUAGUCAUCUACCUAAAGAUCUCCUAUGUGAGACUGUGUGAGAGAAAGAGCUGAGAUGGCUUGCUCACUGAUGGGCAGCGUUUCAGCAUCCUUUGUAGGCUUGUCUGUUUGAGAGAACAAAGUCCAGAUGUGAACUUUGGAAGUGAGCUGUUUACACGGAUAAUCCUGAGUAACUUUGAAUCAACAACUGGAGUGCUUGAAGGAAGAGAAUUUGUACUUCUUGUUUCCCAAUUCUAGUGCAAUGUUUUCAGAAGAACUGGAAAAGAGUUGUUUUUCUGUAUGUAUGAAUGUGCACUUGUAUAUUAUAAGUCUGUGUGUGUGUGUGUGUGGGGGGGGGAUUAAGAAAGCACCUUUUUUUUUCUGAUAAGGUGAUGCUAACCUCAGAUAUUUUUUCUAGGAUGUGCGCACAUGACAUUCUAAAGUGAAUGUGCAUCAUCACGCCCCAGUAGAGUCCCUCGUAGGGUUAUCGCUCAAUAAAUUAUCUACUCACUGGAUAUACUCAUGUAAGUGGCCAGUAUGGCAAGGUGCUGACGUUCUCCUGACACCUAAUAUUAUGAGCCCUACGUAGAAAUAUAUGCAUCAUCUUUUCAUGCCCUGUCACUCUUGUCCUUUUCCUUUAAAAAAAAAAAAAGAUUUCUAAUGUACUUCAGUCGCUAGCUUCUUGUCUCCUAUUAGUGUCAUAUUGUUUUGUACAGUCGACACUUUCUAUGAAGCUCUGCUGUUUUGUACACUGUAACGGGUGUUUUACCCUCAAAUUGCUCUUUGCCAUUUAUGACAGGUCUUGUCUCAUGAACUGCAUUUGUUCUGCUUUUAGCUCCCUUCACUAGAGUUUUUGUUUUUUGGUGAGUGAUUAUAAACGCACUAACUGUGGUGUUUUUUAGUUCUAAAACACUGGUUUGUGAACAGUUUAUACUUAUUAAUAUUUAUAGCCUCCAUUCCCUCCAGAGCUCUUAACCUCAAACAUAACAUAAAAGUCUAAAGAGCGAAGAAGAGGACUGAUAAUUAUGUUGUUGUUGCUUUGAGCCUUUUGUGUUGAAAAUUUUGGAUUUAAAGGUUUCAAAAUGUUUUUCUGUAGAUGACACUUCCGUGAAACUCAACGGAAGUGAGAACAUUUACUUUCUCACAAAUGUGUGCCUUCAUCUGAGUUGGGCUGCAGGCAGUUUUUAUACGGUCGUAUAUUACUACUGACACAAGAAGAAUACAACCGUGAAAAAAUAUUUACAAACGGGCUGUAAAGUCUCUAUAAUUUCAGUUACACUAUCACGGAAGGAGCAAAGGUCCUUUGCCAUGGAUUACUGACAUCUAUGUGUGUUUGCCGUAGUAGUGCAUUGAACGUGUUGUUACAGACCAAGGGACUACUGAACAGGACCAGCGUGUGUAAUGGAGAGACACUGGCAGCUGCAGUUCAGCAGGGCCCCACCGGUUCCUAUUAGCUUUCCUGGAGGCCGGGAUCCUAAUGCCUCGAGUAUAACAUGGUACUUAUGAUGAAGAGUGGCUGGUGGGCUCCGGGCUGGACUCGUACGAGUAAUAGUUUAUGAUCUGUUAUUGACUGUAUGAUUGUUAAAUGCCCUCUUUGCCUCUACUGGAAAAGGUCUAAAUGACAUAAGGUCAUUUAACAUUCACAAGGGGCAAUUUCAAAAGCAGAAGAAACACUAUAAUACUAGACUACAUAUAUAUAUUUAAGAAGGAGAUUGGUGGAAAAUAGGUAUAUACAUUCCAAGGUAAUUUCUGUGAAAUUGAUUUGUAGAGAAAAGGUUUUAAGAAUGUAUUGUACUUUUUGUUUGUUUUGGGAUAUAAAAUUGUAUGCAUACGACGACAUCAUUUUCUGUGUUUUUUUAUUUUUUAUGUUGUAUAGUAACUGCCUUUGGUCUGUGCGUCGAGUAUUUCAUUGACACGUUCAAACGUCAUAAACAAGAAAAGGCAUGUACCGUGUCUAGCCACAUGGGGGCUGUCCAUCCAUAUACGCAAGCCUUGUUAACGUGUCCUCAUCUUUGAAGAAUUGGGCAACAGGGGGAACUUCGAAGACUUUUCUGAAUUCGCGUCACCAAGACGUGAGUCUAAUCUCACUGCGUCUCUGUAGCAACCAAAUGCGCAUGAACUGAUGACAUCUCUCGUCGCGGAAUGUUAAAAGUGCCAUGUGUUUUUUAACAGUCAGGUAGAAAUUGGCAUUAGAAUCUGUUUUAUUUAUUUUUAAUUGAGUACAUUGUGGUUUUAUUGUAAAAACAGGAUCGUGUUAAAAUGAGGUUUUAACAGAGAACGUUUAUAACUAGCAACGUUUGACUGUGUAAUUCCCAUUUUGACUCACAAUAUUUCUUUGUUUCACAAGUAUUAGUGGAGAAAACAGAUUGGACUGUAUUUCACAAAGGAGAUAACGUGCAAUUGUGUCAU